AUGAUGGCGAGGACUGAGACUCAGAAGGUUGCCUCCAAGAUUGUCUCGCAGCUGACGGUGGUCUCCGAUAUGGAGAAGAUUCAACUUUCCUCGUCGCCGAAAAGUGACGGUGAGGUAGCUCGAGUUGACGAGGAAGAGCUCGUCAUGGAUCAAGGACUUGUCGCAUGGCUUCAAGUUCUUGGAAGCUGGAUUCUGUUUGCCAACACUUGGGGACUGUCAAACUCAUUCGGAGUCUUCCAAGCCUACUACUCCAACAACCUUUUACCAGACGUCAAUCCGUCGACUAUUUCCUGGAUCGGAUCCAUCCAGAUCUUUCUGAUGAUGCUCAUCGGCGUCUGCGCGGGUUGGCUUCUCGACGCGGGGUAUCUCCGCUUCAUCCUCAUUUGUGGCACUACCAUGACGUCCCUCGGUCUCUUUAUGCUGAGCUUGUGCACGAAGUAUUGGCAGAUCCUUCUUGCACAGGCACUCUGCGUCGGAACAGGAAGUGGGUUGCUGGGGUUGACGUGUGUUGCUGUGAUCCCUCUUUACUUCCGCAAGAGGAGGAUGGUUGCGACUGGCAUUGCUGCUACGGGAAGCAGUCUAGCGGGAAUCGUGUAUCCCAUCAUAGAGAGACGUCUGAUCGCAUCUAUUGGCUUUCCUUGGGCUGUCCGGGUGUUCGCAUUCAUCGUCACCGGAAGCCUCCUGAUUUGUAUUACAAUCAUGCGUCUUCGACCCAAUCUCAAGCGGCGUGGAGCUCUCUUUCGCCUGGAGCACUUCCGCGAUGUCCCCUACAUAUCGUUCUGUAUUGCCUUCGCCUUGAUGAUCGGCUCUGUCUACGUUCCCUUUUUCUACGUAGAUGCCUAUGCCAUCCGUUUGGGCGUAGAUCAAGACACGUCUUUUUACAUCCUCAGCGCCAUGAACGCUGCAAGUCUCUUCGGCCGUCUAGUUCCCAACUGGCUCGCUGACAAGUACGGCGGCAUGGCAAUUAUGCUUCCCUGCUGCCUUUGCUCGGCUGUCAUUCUCUUUUUCUUCCGCUUUGCGACCGACCUGCCGAGGCUGAUUGCGAUAUCGAUUGUCUACGGGUUCGUCUCGGGCGGUAUGGUGUCUUUGCCCCCUGCUACGAUUGCGAAUUUGACAGACGACUUGUCAGAGUAUGGGACGAGGAUGGGCAUGGGAUACACCAUCGCAAGCUUUGGCGCGUUGAUUGGCAAUCCCAUCGGGGGUGCUGCGCAGCGUCCGCAAGGGGACACGGCGGCAAAUGUGCAGGUGGAGUUUCAAGGGACUUGGAUCUUUGCUGGUGGAUUCAUGCUCGCGGCUGUCAUUUCGAUGGUGAUAUCAAAGUACGUAAGAACUGGAUCUGUCUUGCGCGGCAAAUGCUAG